AUGUCCAGCUGUCGGAAGUCCAUGCCGGCGAGAACGCCAAGACGUUUGCCCAGAUCGAACUCGAGAAGGAGAACCGCAAGAUCAUGGACACGGUCGGCGAGCUGGGCUUCCAGCAGAAGGUCGAAGAACGGCCUGACACGGGCUUGUUCUUUAAGUAUUAACGCAGCCUCACCGUCCGCGCGGGUAGUAGAUCCAUCUCUUUUCGUAACGAGCCGCAUCGUCUUGAAUUCUGUCGCCGUGUUGUAA